AUGGAAGCAAUCAUUUCUGAAUUUUAUACCACACUUGCCCUUCUGAAGCUUCUGGCUGACUGUCAAAGUCAUCGAGUCAACAAAGUCUUAAGUCUUUCGAGCUCAGAGCACCAUCUAUAUAGUGACGUGCUGGGAGGAGUUCCUGUUCAUUCGCGCUUCACAAUGGAGACAAUCAUCUCUGUGGUUCUUGGUGAUCUUGUUGGCAGAGCUAUAUCCUUCGUGGUCGAGAAGCGCCGCGAGAAGACAACCGCUGAGGAGGAUCUGCAGAGGCUGCGCCAGCUGCUUCUGAGGAUAAGUGCUGUUGUCGAGGAGGCUGAGGGGCGAUGUGUCACAAACCGGGGGAUGAUACAUCAAGCUAGCACGAUGCGAGAGCAAAUGUUCAGAGGGUACUACCUUCUCGAUGCCUUCAGGUGCAGAGAGAAGAAGACCGAUGACGAGGAGGUGAGUCACUUCUUGUUUGCUCAAUCCAAUUUCAAUCCGGCCAAGCGUUUUCGCCGCCUUUCUAGCAACACUCAGAUUGAGAGCACGGUAACUGUUAGAGUAAGCAGUCAGGAGCUUAAACAGGUUGUUCUUGGCCUAGAAAGCAUGCUUGUUGAUAUGAAGGAGUUUGCUAUAUUUCUGAUGAGCUACCCUCGCAUGUACCGCCAACCCUAUGGUGCAUAUUUAUUUGUGGACAAGUAUAUGUUUGGCCGCCAAAUGGAGAGGGAACAAGCCAUCCGCUUCUUGCUACAAGCAGAGCUUCCGUAUGGAAAUGUGGGUGUCCUUCCAGUUGUUGGUUCUGCAUAUGUUGGGAAGAGCACUCUUGUGGAACAUGUUUGCAACGAUGAGCGUGUACAAAACCACUUCUCCUUGAUCUUGCUCUACAUUGGAAACAACCUUCAAGAUGAAACGAUGACAACUUUUAGAGAUCAUUGCGUGAUCAAGCAUCAAAAUAUUUCCUUGGAUGAAGAGAAGUCGUUGGUAGUCAUUGAGCUCUUAGGGGACGUGGACAAAGGAGUAUGGAAGAGACUGCUGCACUCUUCUGAACGAUGCAUGCCACAUGGGAGUAAGAUCAUAAUCACAAGCCGAUCAGAGAAAGUGGCCAGUCUUGGAACAACGGAAGCCGUCAGGCUAAACUAUUUGUCUAAAGAAGCGUACUGGUAUUUCUUCAGGAUGCUCGUGUUUGGUAGCACGGAUCCGGAGGAGCACCCGAAGUUAACAUCCAUAGCCAUGGAGAUAGCCGUAGAGAUGUGUGGAUCUUUCUUAUACGCAUAUGUUGCUGCUGCCUUACUGAGAGAAAAUCUUAGUGCUCGGUUCUGGUACAGGGUUCUCAGACACCUUAGGGAGUACAAGCAGAAGAAUAUCUUGUUGUUAGGUGAAUAUCCUGCUGAGGAAGAUCAGCCUCGGUAUAUUUUGAGCUUGGCUAAAAGGCGGCAUGGUUCUGAGGAUACUAAGUUCCUUUUGCAAAGUAGUCACUGCCACAAUGGUCCUGCUUCUCAUGGUGGGCUUCCGAAGAUAACAAUGGUGGAUCUGCUAUCCGGCACCUGGAGCGCUAUGCCAAGGGGAAAAUUUGAGGUCUUGUCCUGGAGGUCUGUCAUACCACCGUACUACAGCUACACAACUGCUUGCGAGUUUGUCCGGCACAGCAGUAGUACCACAGCAUAG